AUGGACACUCCUACUCCAGCCCCAGAGGCCCUGAUCUCCCAAUUCCAAGUAACAAAACUCCUUCGACAAGACCAAGCCGGCAGACGCAUCUCCCUCCUCGGAACAAUAAACAACGAACAAGGCAUCCUAACAGCCGAACGCACAGCCUUCCCAACCGAAUCCCUCGACACAAUUCGCGCCUUCCACAGCGCAAUCUCGCGCGUCAAGAACCUAGGCGACAACGACAUCUACCGAUGGUAUCUCGCCUCCUCAACAACAGCCAGGACCAACAGCACCACCAGCACCAGCAAUGACCUCAAACUAAACCUCAUCUGGCCCUGCACAUCCAGCCACAUCAAGAAGUACAGCGACCAGCAACUCCGCCUGGUAACCGAAACGCCGGAGAUCUACAAAUCCCACGUCCAGCCCUACAUGCGCGCGAAGCGCGAGGAGGGCCGCUUGAACUGGGUGUUUAAUAUUCUGGAGGGCCGGACGGAGCAGGAGGAUGUUGUUUUGAGAGAUGAGGGUGGUGCUGGCGGGGCGGAGGAUGGGUUUUUGAUGUUGCCGGAUUUGAAUUGGGAUCGGGAGACGAUGGGGUCGUUGCAUUUGCUGGCGUUGGUGCAGAGGAGGGAUAUUUGGUCUUUGAGGGAUUUGAGGAAGGGGAUGGUUCCUUGGUUGAAGUAUUUGAGGGAGAGGGUGCUUGAUGGGACUGUGAGGAUGUAUCCUGGUGUUGAGAGGGAUAUGUUGAAGCUUUAUGUUCAUUAUCAACCGACUUACUAUCAUUUCCAUGUUCAUGUGGUUAAUGUCAUGCUUGAGGCUGGGACUACGCAGGCUACGGGUAAGGCGUUUGGUUUGGAGAACUUGAUUUCCCAGCUUGAGGGGAUGGCUGGGGAUGAGAAUGCCAGUCUGGCAGAUGUUGAUUUAACUUAUUUCCUCGGUGAGGCAAGUGAGUUGUGGACUGAUAUCUUUGAGCCUUUGAAGCAAGGGAAGCAGCCUGGCCAAUAG